UUAUUUGUACUAUGUUAUUUGUUUUAGAUCAGAAUUACGGCAUAAAAGAUGACAAUAUUAAUUUAUGACUAUUGCCAGUUAGAGGAGCGCGCUUCCAGACAUCUCAACGCAUGGAAAGCAUGGCAUUUGGUACUCUAUUCCGUAGCUGGAAUAUUCGGUAUCCUGAACUUCGUUUUCCUUCAGGAAACUAUGCAGUUGGUUGACAAUAACUGCGUAUUGAGGCCGCGCGAGUUUGCCUUCCGAAUGGUUGAACUGCCAAAUAAUACCGCUGAAGACGUUACGUAUAACUUCAAAGAUCCGUCCAGCAAGCAUAAAGUUGAUAUAGUGACUGAUGGAAGCUACUCGGCAUCUAAUGACAGCGAAACGAAUAAAAAUAAACGACAAGUGCUGGAGACAGUAGAUCAUUCUGAUGUUGUUGUAGAAGAGAAUAUCACCAUGUUGACAGGUAACGAAACCCACCGCCUUAUGUUAGACACGUCCAGGACUUUGUUCGCGCGAGACAAUGACUGCCAGUUUGUGGAGUACAUGCCUAUCCUGUCUACGAUUUUCGCCGCCGUCUGGAUUACAUUCUUCACAAUGUGCCCUGGAGGUGGACAUUCUAGAUCAGGGCUGCAGCGUCCGUGGCGUAUUGUAGCGCCGGCACUGAUCUUCUCCUUGGUGCUGGUAGGGCUGACGGGGCACAGCUUUAUACAGACCAACAGCGGCAUCCAGGACUUCUGUGCGGCCUUCUAUAAUUUCACUAAUACCACCACUUGCUCUGGUGCUAAUGCGUAUCUGGAGCAUGGAGUGUCCUCGCCGUGGGGUCUGGGAGGUCGUGCGGGGGCGGUGCGGGCGGCCAGCGCCGGCGUGUGGGCGAGCUGGGCGUGCGGCGCCGCGCUGCUGCUCGCGCGCUGUCUCACCGCCAGGGACUUCGUCGUCAAACGAACAGCAGUAUACCUCGCUAGAGACCCCCAACAGAAAAUAACACCGUAUCUUAAGAAAACGAAACGUCGCAAAUCAUCCCCGAACUCUCCCAUCGUCAAAGACAACGUAUCUAUCAGAUCCGAGCCGACAGCCACAACGGAGCUGGUGACGGCCUCGAUAGAACCAGGCCAGGAGACCGCGAUCAACACGCCCGAGGUCACGCCUGUCAAAAGGCCGCUCAGGGAAGAUGUCAUUGAAAUGACUAGCUCACUGCAAUUGACCAAAUAAAAAUAUCUAUGUUCAUAUUCAAUAUAUGUACAUAUAUUAAUAUAUAACUUAUAUUCCUAGGUCCCUGUAGCCUUACUACAGGGACCAAGGGACAGUGCGCCGCCAUCUUUCUCUGUUCUGGGCUCUGAUCAAUAAUAUGAUGCCAACAUAUAUAAUGUUAAUAUUAUCUGUUUCCUAAACAAUCAGAUAAGAAAUAAUUUUUAACUGCUUAAAUAGAUGCUGGCAUUUGUGUUGGUAAAUCGGGCAGAUUAUUUUGAUACCCAAUGUGUCAACUCAAAUGUCGUAAUAAACUUUGACGUGCUCACUCUUCAAAUGACGAUACGUGAAAUUGUAUCUGAAAAAAUAUUCAAUUUGAAUAAAUACGAAUUGUAUGGAUAUAAAUACCUAAGUAUAUUUUCGAAUUAUUUUGAAUGUAUGUGUACUUUCUGGUAGAAUUACCAGA